AUGCACAUGAUGUUGUCGAUGUCGGGCCUGCCACCCACUGGGGGGCGCUUGUACACAACAGCGGCUCGCGGCGCAACGGACCUCCACACCCAGCACCGGCUCUAGACGGCGAACCAGAGGCUAAACUGCCCAGACAACACGAGGGUAUUUAAUGCAUGGGAUAACGGCCGGCAUAGGCCGUGCUGACAGAUGACCCGUCGGAGAGUUAGGCGGGGCACCCGGGCUGGUGGGGCUAAAAACCCCACAGGUCAACCGGCUACGCCACCGGCUACGCCUCGGAACCAGCCUGGGAGCUCUGUUACACCCGGAAGCGGGGGUAUGCAGCCAGCAUGGGACCUUCGCCAGCUUACGGAAGGCACGCUAACCCCGCGUACUCCAGUGGUCGGCAACUCAGGGGGAGACGUAACAAGUGAACGUCCACGGAUCGGGAGCAGGAGAGACGGCAACCUAACCACUGAGGUGCGC